CGUUGCUGUGCCGUGUGUAUGUGUGAUCGUCGCGCCGCGUGUAUUGAGGAAGAAGCAGAAGCAGCAGCUGCUGCUCUGAUCUCUGACAUUGUGUGAGAGCGACAUCUGAAUUAAGUGAGCACAGACGGACGGACGUGUCUGCUUUUUUAAAAAACACAGCACAACAGGAAGGCACGCCGUGCAUGAUUACCUCUUUGAUUUAAUGGGUCCAAUCAUUGGCAUGUCACCAGAUAAGAAAACGGAAAUCCCGGGUAUGCAAGAGGAGCGGACAGGGCUGAGAGGUGUCUGUGGUGUGGGAACACUGCCCGAGGCGGAGUGUGCAUCCAGCCCUCUGGCCACUAGCGUGGAUCGCACCGGAGGUACAGAGGAUGAGGAGCUCACCAACCUCAACUGGCUCCACGAAAACCUGCUACAGAACUUCACCCUGGGGGGACCCGAAGCUCAACCCAGUGGCAGCCCGCUCUUCGACAUAGAAGGGGACUACGGUCCCAACCAGGGCCCAUCAUCCUCUUCACCAUUAACACACAGCAGAGGCAGAGAACGGGACUCAUUGAAGUCUAAGCCCCCUUUUUCCUUUUCCCUGCUUAUAUACAUGGCCAUUGAGCAGUCUCCCAGCAAGUCUCUGCCUGUUAAAGAAAUCUAUGGUUGGAUCCUUGAGCACUUCCCUUAUUUUUCCAACGCUCCCACUGGCUGGAAGAACUCUGUUCGACACAACCUGUCUCUGAAUAAAUGCUUCCGGAAAGUUGAGAGAAGUUUAGGAAAGGCCAAUGGGAAAGGUUCUCUUUGGUGUGUCGACCCUGAGUACCGCCCCAACCUGAUCCAAGCCCUUAAGAAGCAGCACUUCCCCGCCGCACAUGCCUUCUGCACACCACCCGCUUCUCCACCUCGAGCCUCCUCUCCUCCCAGCCAUCUCUUCCUACAAGGCUGCUCCUUCAAAGAGUCUGACAUUGACGCUGCCACUGCCAUGAUGCUCUUAAACUCUGCCCCAGGGCACCACGUUGACCCAUGUAACUCGGACAGUCCACUGGACCUCUCGAGGCCCGACUCCUUCCUGGUGAGUAGUGAUCCAAAGCAGGAUCACAACUACAGCAGUGUGGCCCUGCAGCGCUGCUCUUCCCGGUCCUCCUCCUCGUCUCUGUCCUCCCUAGAUGAAGGAGGCGAUGACCGCAGACAGUCCCGCCGUGCCGGUAGUGAGGGCUUCCACAGCGACGAGGACUCUGACCUUUGGGACGAGCGGGGUGUCCACCAGACAUCACGGCGUCCACCUGCCAUAAAGUGGCCUGUUCGCAAAAGGGCACGGCGCGAGGUCAAGCCAGAGCUAGAUGAUGAGCUAAAAGAAGCUGCGGGUUCCUUGCUCCACCUGGCUGGUAUACGCAGCUGAAUUGGACGACUUCACAUUGACUGUCACAAGAGCACAAAACCUAACAGGAAAUAAAUAUUUUUAGGCCCCUAUCAAACUCCAGACCCUGUGAACCCCUCACCUCUGACUCCUGACUCUGUGUCCCAGUGUGCCUCCUUCUCCUCACCUGAUCGUUCACUGGCCAUUUUGAGCCUUUUUGUUUGGAAAAACCUGGUCCAACAAAACAAAUGGCAAUAGUAUCGUUCACGGGAGAACAAAGCCAUAUAGAGACUUUUGUAACUCUACUGGGGAGAUGUGUUUGGGCUACGGAGAACUAUCGAGAUACCUAUCAACAAAGACCUGCCUGCAUCUGUUGGAUUGGGAGAUAAUAAUUUUUUUUUCCUCUGAUGAACAGUGGGACAAGCUGAAGAUUUUAUAACUCAAAGUGUUGCAUGCUUCCUCCUUAAACCUGUAUCCUCUUCCAAGUGAAUCUAUUUAUGAAGAGAAUGAGUGCAUGUUUGUAACAGACAAGACCGAACCUCCUGUUGUUAUCAAUAUCUCAUUUUUUGUGCUAAACAGAAAAAAAUGCCAACAUUUUAAAAUAUUUUUUUCUUUUCAUUUUAUGAUUCCUCUCGUAAAAGAGAGAUGCAAUAAUUAAGUCACAACCUUUAUGGGAAUAGUAUUAUUCUGCCACUGCCAAAUUCUGUUGCAAAGUUAGCUCUACUACUUUGCCCCAUUUUGUGCGGCCAAUACAGUGCUAAACAAAUUGAAGCUGUUGGCUUUUGUUUUUUUGUAUGCUAACGAAGAUUUAUUUUCGCCAAAGAUAUGCAAUUGCAUUAUAUAUGGUAUUAAAAAUAUUAAUAAAACAGUUCUUGUUA